CCAACACUAACAUCAUUGUAGCCUAAAAGGGAGGAAAACUCAAAUCAUCUGUGUUGUGGUAGAAGAAAUACUACUUGCACUUAUCAUAUGCCCUUUGUUUAUUACAUUUUAAAAUAAAGGCGUAGUUCUGUGGGGAUCUCAGUAGGCUGGUGGCGUGUAUCUCGCGCUCAGUCGGAUAGUAGACUUGUAUUGCCGGUAGAAAAAUUACUGGCACGUUAUUUCAGCACAUGUUCUGUAAGAGUGGAUCACAAACAGUUUAUUGUUUUCUUCUUCAAAGAUAGUUUUCAAAUUUCUGACAAUUUAUAUCAAUAUUGCUGUAGAGGAUUUCAACUGAAAACUGCUUUUUAUGUACCGCUACUUAAAAGGGUCAAGAUGGAAAGCACAGAUGAACCUCAGAAAAAAGUCUUUAAAGCACGAAAAACAAUGAGAGUAAGUGAUCGACAACAACUUGAAGCUGUCUAUAAGGUUAAAGAGGAGCUGUUGAAGACAACUGAAGUUAAACUGUUAAAUGGAAAGCAUGAGAAUGGAGACUCUGAUUUAAAUUCCUCUUUAAGCAAUACAGACUGUAUGGAGGACAAGAGGGAAGUUAAUGGCCUAGUGGACUUGUGUGUUAACUCUGAAGAAGGAAGAACAGCUUCUGAUGAAAUUAGUGAAGCCAAAAGCCCUGAAAGUAGGGCAGGGAAUGUAGUCAAUGAUGUAGAACCCAAACCUCUAACACUGUCUCCAGAGAAUGUUACUGCUGAGCAAGAUAAAGAUACUGAUACUGUUUUCUCUUGUGAGAGUGAAAAUGGAGUCGUUAGUAGCAAUAAAGAUAACUUCCAUGAAGAAAAUAAUACAAAAGAUCAUUUGGACCAAAGAGAGAGUGACAUCCCAUCAGAAGGUGGAAGUAAAUCAAUCUGUGAUAUUAGUGACUCUUCUGAAGAGAAGGGAGCAACAAAUGACUUAACUAUUAGUUCUGAUUCAUCUGGUGAGGAAAAGAAGACUGAAGAAGUAACUGUUGAAGGUGCUGUUGGAGAAGAAGCCAUCUCUAGCAGCAUGGAAGCUGACCAGAAACCAAAGGACAAACGAGACGGCACUGCAGGUCUUUCAGAAACCACUGUUCAGAAGACAAUAGAUGAGUCAAGUGAAAAUAUCUUGGACACUACUGACUCUAUGGAAACAGAUGAAAUUAUUCCAAUUUUGGAAAAACUAGCCCCAGCUGAAGACGAACUGAGCUGUUUUUCUAAAAGUUCUCUGCUUCCAGUGGAUGACACAGUCCCAGAUUUAGAAGAGAAAAUAGACAACUGUUUGGGUUCACCAUCCAAGCAGGAAAGUAAUGAAAGUCUGCCAAAAGAGGCAUUCUUAGUACUGUCUGAUGAAGAGGAACCCUGUGAUGAGAAGGAAGAACGUUCUGAAGUGAUGCUAUCAAACAAGUCAAGUCUUCCAGAAGAGGUGGAGGAGGAGAGAAGAAAGGAGAGUGAGGAGGAUAAAGAAGAGGCGGCGCACAAAGAAGAGGAGAAACACACAGAGAGAAGUGAAGUGUCAAGGAGAAAGCGUUCCAAAUCUGAGGACAUGGACAGUGUUCAUUCUAAACGUCGUCGGUACAUGGGAGAAGAUUAUGAAGCAGAACUCCAAGUAAAAAUUACAGCGAGAAGGGAUGUUGACCAAAAACUACAAAAGGUUAUCCAGAGACUGUUAGAAGAAAAACUUACUGCUUUACAGUGUGCUGUAUUUGACAAGACUCUGGCGGACUUGAAAACCCGAAUAGAGAAAGUAGAAUGCAACAAGAGGCAUAAAACUGUGCUUACUGAACUACAGGCUAAAAUUGCUAGAUUGACAAAGCGGUUUGGAGCAGCCAAGGAGGACUUGAAGAAAAGACAGGAAAAUUCACCAAAUGUACCUCUGUCUCCAGGGAAAGCAGCAAGUGACACUGCAAACACAAACAAUGCAACAUACCGAAAUGCUGGCACAGUGAGGCAGAUGCUGGAGUCAAAGAGGAAUGUAGGAGAGAGCACACCAGCAACUUUUCAAGCCCCUGUGAAUGCAGUGCCAGUUUCCAGUGUUGCUGCUCCUCCAGCAGUUGUCAGUGGACAUCCUAAGCCUCAGACUACAGUGACCUCCACCAGCUCUUUGACAACAGCAGUUCUUCCCACAUCUAACACCGCUACGGUUGUAGGCACCAACCAAGUGCCCAGUGGCAGCACUCAGUCAGUGUCUGUCUCAUUGCAGUCUUUGCCUGUAAUCUUGCAUGUGCCUGUUGCAGUGUCAUCCCAGCCUCAGCUCCUGCAAGGCCACACAGGGACUUUGGUCACUAACCAACAGUCAGGCAACGUUGAAUUUAUAUCUGUACAAAGCUCAUCUACAGUUGGUAGCCUCACCAAAACUACAGUGUCUUUGGCGUCAACUAACCCAACUAAACCAAAUAACAGCUCGUCUGUGCCCAGUCCUGGUAUUCAGAGGAACUCUCCAGCCAGUGCUGGGUCAAUAGGCACAACAUUGGCAGUACAGGCUGUUCCUACUGCACAUCCUGUUGCCCAGGCCACAAGGACUUCUUUGCCCACAGUGGGUACUUCAGGACUUUAUAAUGCUACCAGCAGUCGAGCCCCCCUACAGAUGAAGAUUCCCCUCUCUGCUUUUAGUAGUACAGCUCCUAUUGAACCACCCACCACCAUUACAGCACCCAGAGUUGAGAACCAGACAAGCAGGCCACCAACAGAUACUUCGGCAAACAAGCGACCUGCUGAGGGAACAACACAGCAGUUGAAACAGGAAGAGACUUCAUCAGAAAAUAAAGAAGCGGUAGAAGCAGCACAGACGAAUUUUAACUUCCCCGAGGAUGUCCUCUUUGGCUUGGAGGAAGAGGAAGAGGAUGCUAAGAGCAUCAAAAACACCCACAAGCAGACUGGCUGGGCAGCUAACCUAUUAAAACAAUGGCUGGCCAAAAAUGGCAAGGAUCCUAGCUUUGAAUUGGUCCCAGUAAGUGAACUCAAUGAUAUCUUAAGAGAGUUUUAUUACACAAUAAGGAAUCAUGAUGGAAAUACCUACAGUGUGGCAAGCUACAAGUCAAUGCGUGCUGGCUUAAACCGGCAUCUCAAAAUGCCACCUUAUAAUCGUCAGAUUUGCUUAAUGAAGGACAAAGAGUUUGCUGGUGCAAACAUGGUAUUUGUGAGCGUGCUGAAGAUGCUGCGCAUGCAGGGAAAGGAUGAGACUCACCACCAUCCUCCUAUAGCUGUUGAGGACUUGCGUAAGAUUAAACAAUCUGGUGUGCUGGGAUUGCACAGUCCACUGGCACUUGUCAACAAGGUGUGGUUUGAUUUGCAGUUGCAUUUUGCCAAACGAGGGAGGGAAAUUUUAAGAGAUCUGGCUCCAGAUGCUUUUGUUAUUGAGAAGGACAAGAACGGGCGUCGAUAUGCUAUGUUUAGGUAUCCUGGCAAAGGAAAAAGUGGAGAAGAUCCUCAUAAAAUGGGUAAAAUGUAUGAUAUGCCAGGGGAUCCAAACUGUCCUGUUUUUUCCUUGGAGCUCUAUUUGUCUAAGUUGCCUCCGGAGCCCCCUGCCUUUUACCUGCAUCCUUUAAAGCUAACAUCAGAGCAAAUGCAAGAACAACCUGUCUGGUACAAAAGAGAACCAAUGGGUGUGAACUACUUAGGUACCAUGAUGCCUAGGAUAAGUGUGGCAGCCAGGCUCUCUCAACGAUAUACCAAUCAUUCUCUCCGAACUACCACCAUCCAGCUACUGUGUGAAGCAGGACUGGGGCCUAGAGAAAUAAUGGCAGUGACGGGCCAUCGCUCUGAGUCUGCUAUUAGACACUACUGGGGAGCUGCCGAAGUUCGCUACAGGGCUUGGUCAGAUAUAACGGAGAAUAACACCCCCAAUUACCUAUAUAGCAAGAUCCCAAAUGAAGUGAUAAAAGAAUCACUAUCUGGUGCCUCCACCUCUUCUAUAAACCAUGUUGUUCUAGAACAAAGCAAAAUUUUGUUCCCUAAGAAAUCUGUGGUGCCACCUGGCACUAAUUCUGUGACUUUAGUCCCUGAGGGACACCCAGCUCUGAAUUCCAAAAGUCCCGUCCUGUUGAACCACAGUUCUUCCAAGGUGUUUCUCCCCAAGAACAUGGUCAGUGGGAACCUAACUGCUGGUCCCCUUCAAGGCUGUUGUAAAGAACCUGUCUUUAUAAAGCGUGUGAUAAAACAAGAACCAAUGACUUGAUGCUUCUGUAAUGGAACUGGUUUCAAAUGAAUUGCUAAAAUGGAAAAAUUACCAGAUUUGUUUUUUCAUUUGGUCUACUAAGGAAAUUUCUUAUGGUCUAGUUCAGCACGAAGUAUCCUGUUCGCACUCCUGAAGUGAGCUAUGGAACAGAAACUUAAACAGAGCAGGGCCUGGAGUUUGUAUGACUUUCUGUGGCAGCUGGGACUCUUAAGUGGCUAAGCAGAGCUGUUUUUAAAAAAAUGAGAGAGAGAUAUUGAUUUCCACUUAGCUGAAGAGCUAUGCUUUCUUCACUAAGUGCAUGGCUUUUCUGUUUUGUGAAGAGUGUAUUUAUUAUACCAUUUUGUGCCUGCUGGCACCAAUGUAGCAUCUUACAAAUCAAAUACUUGAUUACUGAAGAGCACAGAAAAAGUAGAAGUUGAAUGAAAUAGACACAGAUACACUACAUAUAUAUAUAUAUAUAUGCAUGAAAACACCUGGAAUUGCUUGACCACUGUCACCCUCUCUGUUCAAAUUGUUAUUGGACCUACCAGAGGAUUGUGCCUUUUUUUUUUUUUUUUUUUUUUUUUUAACAUUCUUCUAAAUUUAUUUUCUCUGUGAGCUACAGAUCUGUACUACAGGUCUUUCAUUUUCCUAUUUAAUAUUUCUGGCUAAGAUUUCAGUCAUUCUAUUCUCCAAAGGCACUGUCUGAUACAAAUGAUGUUAAAAUUGGGAUCUCUUCAGUUGUGCAUGAAAUGGGGAAAACAUUGUGAAAAGAGUCGAGAACAGGUUUGUCACUUAAAUGGCAAGUAAUUAAGAGUUGAAGUGUUGUCUCUGUAUAUGCUUGUGAGAGGUUUUUUUGUAUUUCCUCUCACCUACCCCUUCCAUUGUCUUUGCAGUAUAGUCUUUGUCAGUAUAGUAUAAUUUACAAGAAGCACGUCCUGUUCUUCCCCACCAAACCCUAUCCAAAUACUAUUUUUGGUUUUAACUUGUUUAGAUUAGUUCAGUGUAGUAAAUUGAUCCUAUCAUUACAUUUUUUGUUGGAGACUUUUACAGGUUAGAAAUUCUCAGGAUAGUGGAUGUGAAUUUUGUCAGAGAAAUGAAAUUGUAGUUUAAAAGGCUCUUUAGUAAAGAAAAAUUACAAAUUAGGAGGGCUAGUCAUAGUUCAUUUUGAAUGAAUCACGCUUGAGAAUCGAACUCAUGGUUUGUCUCUGCUAUUCUAUGCCAUGACUUUCAUCAGGGAUUCUGACAAAUAGGGAGAUCUUCCUGUAAAUAAAAAUGGAAAACUGCUCAUCAAAUCACAAAUUAUGGUAGGUCCACUUUAGAAGAAGAAACAGGGUAGCAUUUAAAACUGUUUUCCAUUAUGUUAACAGAGUGAAAUGAGAAUGGCUUCGUCCUUUUGAAAUGCAUGUGUAUAUAUGUGUGUACACCCGCACACACACACACAUGGUUUAUCAUGCUAAAGACUUCACUGGAAGUGUUCAUGUGGCUCAGCAGUGGACAAAACAGAGAAAAAUCCCAGCUGAAAUAACAAAGUGACCAUGAUAAACUCUUAAUUCUGUGGAGAACUUCCUUGCUGGGAAAGGCUUUCAAACAUUGAAUGAGAUUUAUCACUUUGUUAUAGUCUGAACGAAGGACUUGAUUCCUGAACUUUGACGUUUUUAUCUUGGCUGAUAAUGUUUACCUUUGUGGCCUUGGGUAGGUUAAUCAUACUUACUGCAUCAAUUUUCCAAAGUGUAAGACCAGCACAGUGUGUUCCAUUUUCUGAUGGCUAACAUUAAAGAUGAAAAGGUUUUGAAAGUGCUAUAUUCAUCUUAUGUAUUGUGUUUACAGACACUUUUAUUUGCUGUUGUUAUAAUGAUUGAGCUAGUUGAUCAGAUAUAAUUUAAUAUAAAAAUUAUUUCUGUACAAUCCUGCACUUCCUUAGUUGCAGCAUUAACUUUUACAACAUUAACGACUAGAGGAAAGAAAUCAUGGAUCCAGGAAUAUCACUUUGUCAAGCCUAGAGCAAAUCAAAUGGAAAUGGUAAAAAAAGUAAUCCUGUCUAAUGGCUAGAAAGAAGGAAAUUUGAAAAAACAAAGGGCAAGCAGUCCUUAAAAUAUAGCAGACCUGUGCAGUAGCUUAUGCUAGGAUAUUUUAAAGUAACAGAUUUCCAAAUUUUAGGGAUUCAUAGAAUUCAUAAUUCAGCCAGACUGGCAAAUUUAAGUUCUUGUUUGAAAAUAUUUACUCUAAAUUUCUGCCAAGAUGAGUAUGUAUUUCCUCCCCUCCCACCCCAAAAAAAUAUUCCUAUCUUUGUCUCAGGUAGUUAUGCUUGUUCCAGCAUACUGGCAUUGAACAUUUAUCCUGCAGAAACAAGAAAUGUGUGUUGCCAGGAGAUGAUUUUUUUUUUUGUUCCCUUUUGCUGCAUACUGUGGUCAUACUGACCACAUGCCCUGCUCUGAUCCUAACUGCAUCUAGGUAACCUACUGUAACAGCAUACUGCUGAUCGUUUCAUUCCUUAACACAAAUUUAGUUGGUGAUUUAAAUGGAAAGGGGACUCUUUUGGCCAAUCUGGGCAUGUCUUUGAUUCUUUCUAAUUAUCAUUUGGCUUGUGACUUGACUUCCAUUCUGUUGGCUCAUAAUUGGGGAUAUUUUUGGCUUCUCAUUUGUUAAAUUCUAAUUCUAUUGGCACCAACUAUACAAUGUCCUCUUACUACCUUCAGUUUGAACCUGAUACUUCAAAGCUACUGACUGCAGUAUUACUAGCUUUUGAAUUUUGUAUGGGAGAAAAUUUUUUUGAAAAUGAGAAAAAGCAUUCCUGGUUUGGGCUGGAAGUAUUAUUGCUUCACAAGAGCUGUUGUCGGUGUUCACUAAGCGUUCCACUAAUACUUGAAUUAAUUCUGAUUAAUAGAACAUAUUUCUAACCUUCCAGAACUGAAAAAGCUUUCUCCCGUUGCCCUCCUGCCCAAAGUGUUAAAUGAAUCUUUCCUAUGUGUAUUUUCUUUCUAGAAAAGCUGAAGUAGGCAAACAGAAUGGGUGCUUCACUGCUUUCGUAAAGUCAACUUCGGCUAUAUGUACAGUAAUAUGGGGAGCAGGGGGUCGUCUUUUUUUUUUUUUUUUUUAAAACCUGUGAGAGAAAAUUUCAAGUCAGUCCUGUUCAUGGCAGUACAGGUUAUGUUGUGUGAACAUCACUAAUUUUAUCAAAAUGGACAUGAAUUGGACUCCUCAGUGGCAGUAUCAGCAAAGAACCUCAAGCAGCAGAAUAACCUUUUGUUUUGUUUUGUUUUCCCCUUUCCAUUUUAUUUCCAUUAUAGGUGAAGCAUGUUGGUGAACCAGCAGGUUAAGUGCAGUUUGUCUAAACAUAAAUUUAGACUUUGGCUGUAAACUUAAUACGAAACUGUUAAUUAUAAUGAAAAUUCACUUUAAAAAUCUGAAUAUAACAAAUAUACUUUGAAAGAAAUUUAUUGCUUAUCACUCUUGAAUUCUAUAAUUAGAUCUUUUUCUAAAAUAAGAAUAUUUCAUUUCAGUUGCAAAAAACCAGCACUUAACCUUAACCAAGUCAACUAAACUAAUUUUUUAAAUAAUGGCUGCCAUGUAAUUGAUUAAAUUCCAUCCCCCUUGAUGAAGAUGACUCUGAAAACAGUGGGAAAUGACUGGAACCUUAUGUAGUACAUCCAUAUAUUUAGUCUUGCAUCUCAUUUUCAUAAUGAAGCUCUGAUACUGGUGCUGUGCAUCUAGAACUUGUGUUUUCUGUGCUUUUUCCUGAUAAGUUUGGAAAUACCUGCUGUUAUGUCAAGGAGUACCUUAAUUUUUCUUUUUAUGAAGCUGGCACAGUAUCUUACAGUAUGUUAAUUUGUUUUUAUUCUUUUAUUGCUAUUUAAGUAUUCAUCCCCCCUGUACAGUACUGUGAUCUACAGUGUGGGAGGUCUAGAAAGUAAAUGUUCUUCACUGUGUGCACCUUCUCUGUGCCCCCUGAAGAGCUCUGUUGUGCACAGUGUCAAAUACCUGAAGACAUUGGAAGGAUGCUUUGAAAUUCAACAUGUUCUUGGCUUUGUUGUGGUUUUAGUCUGGUACAUCUCCUUUUUGUUGUCCUGAACUAUACGGCUUCUCAAUAGUUGCAUACUGUUGAGGUCAGUAUAGUCAACGUUUUCAGUAAGCAGCUUGGACACACGAUUUUGCUGUAUGACUGCUUCUCCUUUUUCAGGCUUCCUCUUCUUCCUGCUCUGAAAGGAAUAGCCACAGGGAUGUGGGAGGGGGGCAUCUUACUGUGUUUGUGUUAGUCUCUCAACUUCAACUUUUUCCUGCAUAUGCAGAAGUUUAAGGGUUGUUAUUCAGUCCCAGUCAUUCUAUUAAUGGCCAUUCCAGUGCCUCAGGUCCUAGAAUUGCAUUUCUGAAGACAUGACAAGCACUUUUAAUGUAUUGGGAUAAAUAUUAUUGUUCCAGAGGCAAAGGCAUUUUUAAUUAUAUAUAGAAAUCUUAAGGAUGGUUUUUAAGUAUUUUAUUAUGAAUCCCAGUUAUAGAUACAGGAUUUAUAUAUAUUAUAUAUAAUAUAUAAAUAUAGUUACGGUAUAUGGAGGGAGUCUAUGAAAGCAGCUUUUAUUACAUUGUAACAUAAAAUAACAGUGAACAAAUUUGAAUGGGGUUGGGUCUGUUAAAAAUGGCUGACACAAAGUCAAUCUGUUCAAGAGUGAUUAUGUGGUAUUUAUUAAAACCCCAGGUCAGGUGAAUAGUCUCUUCUUCCCUCUUCCCCACUCCAGGUGCACCUUAUCUUCUUACAGAGUAAAUCUUUUUUCAGUCUAGAUUUUAUCUGUGCAUUUCACCUUUUCACCUAAUACUAGUUUUUUAAAAAAUAUCCACCAGUGUCCUAUCCAUUUCCCAUUGUUUCUGACAUGCCUUGAUUUGUUUGGUUGAACUACAGUUUAAUUUAAGCUAUUUUGCUGACUAUUGGAAAUCCAUCUGGUAAAAUGUUAAUAAAGUACAUUUAUAACUCCUAUCCCUUUACUUUGCAAUGUAUAACAAACUUUGUGAAUGUCUGUUGGGAAACAAUGUGAACAAAGUGGAUAUGUCAGCUUACAAUUCAUAAGCAGCUAUUAAUUCUAUAUUGUUGAAGCAUUAUUGAUGAAUAUGUUUCCUUGCAUUUCAUGGUUUUGUCACUGAAAAUAAACAUGCAUAAUUAUAUAUGUAAAAUGGGAUACUUGAUUUUUGUUUCUCACCCUGGGGUUAUGUUUGUGCUGUUUAAAAUGCAACUAGCUCUGCUCUGUGGAGUGGAACCUUUACCUGAGACUAAUUAGAAAUUUAAAUUAUAAAGAAGUUAGCAGGAGGACAGUUUAAAAGUCAUACAAGAAUGGAUUCACUUGAAUUUUGUUCCUUACAACAGCCACCCAAUUCAGCUACAUGACAUCCUGUUGGGAAUUCUUCAGAUUAUUUUUUUAAUUAAUUUUCUAAAGUGAUUUGUCUUUCCCUGAGACCAUAUCUGUGUAACCUAAACCAACCCCAGUUACUGAGAGCGGCUUUCAAUAAGUAAAUACAAUUGUGUUUUGUAGACUCCAAUUUGUCAUUUUGGGCCCCAGAUUUGAGAGGAAUAUUAGAACAGUCUUAACUGAUGAUGUCAGACAUGGUUAAUGGCUUUUAAAAGUUGCAUUAAACUAAUGUGAAAAGUACUAUAAAUGAAAUAUAUUUACUGAUUAAGAAGAUAAUCUUCCAUCAUCCAAGACGGCCAUCCCACAUAAUACUGUUGGGAAACUGUCAGUGGGCUUUGGGGAAACAAGGUAGAUGUUUCACCUUAAAAGAAUAAGAACCAGUAAAGAGAUGUGUGUGUGCGCAUGCAUGCAUGUAUGUGUUUAUUAUAUACCCUUUUAACUGUUUGAUUAAGGAAAAACAAAAUUGCAGCAGUAGAUAACUACUUGAAGCAUUGUGUCAAGUGUUCCUUUAUGGCUUCUUGUUGGAGUUACGAUUGCUAGUGCCUAAAACCAGCAUUUCUGGCAACCAAUUUCUCAACCUUCUUGAUUUAUUAUUCUUAUUAAUAGGAGUAGCAGAGCCAACAUCUACUCUUUGCACCAAAGAAACAAGAGGGUAUAUAAUACAUAGGGUUACUAAGACUGGUUAUUCUUUUUUUUCCAUGCUUGCAUUGUUCUUGUUCUGUAGGAAGUGUUGCACAGUACCAAUCAAGGGUAAGGGGAACACAGCAAUCUUGUAAUGCAAUACGUAAAAUGUCUGUCAAUAGUGUUUUGAGUAUUAUACAAGUAUGCAACCACACACUAUCAAAGCAUGUAUUGCAGCCCUGUGAAAUUUUGUUUGUGCAAACUGUGAUCUUGAUAAACUGCUGACUUUAUUGCAUUAUCAUUUUCAUUUUUAUCUUGGUAAGAGAUGACAAAUACGUUUGGUACGUUGUCAAAUAAAUUCUCAUGACAGCUUUGCAAGGCUGGAAUAAUUACUUCAAUUCUAUGGGAGUUACUGCAUUGGAAAAAAACCCUGUUAGUUAUAAGUGAUAAGUCUGACAUUGAAGCACUUAGUGACUGAAAUAUGUUCAAAAAUGUAUUAAAAUAUAAUUUCCACAGCUGCUUAGACUGUGCUUGAAAUCUGUAGUUUUGUAUAUGGAAGACUAAAAAAGUAAUAUGGGCCUUAUAAUUAUGCAUACAAACACAGUAUAACCACCCUUCCCACACACGCCUUGUUCCCAGAAUAUAUUUUUACAUCACUCCCCAUAAUUUAAGAUUGACUUUGCUAUUAUAUAACGCCUUGGUGCAUCAUGUAUGACUGGUGGUAUGAUGCUUCAUGGAUUGUCUGUUCUACAACCCCCCAGCAUUUUUUCUGUUGUGUUACUGUAGAAACUAUUAAUAAUAAAAUUGUCUGCACUUGUGUCAGUGUGCCACAUGUAAUCUUCAGAAUUUUGAUCUUUCCUACCCUGGAAUUAAUUUUUAUUUUGCACUGGUUUUUUUGUUGUUGCUUCUUUUUUCCCUUAAUUUUUCACUUUCACAUACUGAAAUGUUCCUUUAUGAAAAGCAGGUGGCAUUACAAUUAAUAGCUUUGUUAUCGCUGUGUGAUGAACUGAACCAUGGCGUUAUAUAAUACCAAAACUUUUUUUUUUUAAUAGUAUCAUAUAUGAAUAGAGAAGUGCAUUUUGGAACUUUCUUCAAAAUACCAACAUUGACCUUUGGUUUUUCAUGUGGUACAAUACAUGUGCAUGUUGGCAUGUGUAUGUGUGUGGUUAUAUAAAAUGAUGUAACAGGUAACGCUUUCUGUUCAGUUUGUGUUUUAGAGACUUCUUUCCCAGCGUUGUGGUUUAACGCCAGCCAGCAGCUAAGCACCACACAGCCGCUUGCUCCCUGCCCCUCCUCCCCAUCCA